GUUUGACAAAACCAUCAUCGGCUCAACAGUGAUAACCCGGGACCUGGGUCAUCAAUAAAUACCCGCUGUUCUGGCAAGCAUCCGCUCCCCUCUGAUCUUCGUCUAUUCUAACUCGAUAUGACCUCCCCACUUGAGAUUGCACUACGUCUUCAGACUGUCAAAUAUUUUAAGAUGGUAGGGUUAGCGGUCUUGGUCUUUGACUACUGCAUCAAACUAGAAGCAGAGAUCAACCUCACUUGGGGGAGGAAGUGGAAUUCUAUUCGCAUCAUUUUCGCGGUGGCUCGGUACAUGCCUUUUGUUAAUGUCCCGGUAGACUUGAUCUAUUCCCUUGGACCCACAUCACCACAGCUUUGCUUAUCGCUCUACCAAGUCUCCUCAUGGCUUAACAUAAUUGGCACCAUUGCCGCAGAAUCACUCCUUUUCGUUAGGACGUACACGUUAUGGGGAAGAAGCAGAGUAUUACUUGUUGCCCUACUACUACUCGCGCUGGGCUGCAUUGCAGGAUGCGGGGUGGUCGGUGCCAGCGCUUUAUCUUUGUUCAAAUACGAGGAUCCCCCACUAGGAACUUCCGGCUGUUAUCAAACCCAAAGAAUUGCAAUAUACGCAGUUAACUACGCCUUGCUGGCUCUUUUUGAGACAGUUAUACUAUCCCUCAAUGUUUUUCAAGCCUGGCAUCAUCGACGACGACAGGGGAGCCGUCUCAUUGCCCAUCUGUACUGGGAUGGUAUAAUUUAUGUUCUGUAUAUACUAGCAAUGACAAUGGCAAACAUCGUAGUUAUAGGGCUCCUUCCGUCGGAAUAUUCGGAGUCUAUCAACACGCGGUGUUUCAUAGCGUUUUAUCCUCUCGUCUUCUUUUCAACUUGCGAGCCAUUAUUCAACGACGACACGAGCAAACCAUCGUCUCAGUUAUGCAGACGGACCCUCAGUUCGGACGCAAUAUUCAUUUGAAACAAAUAUCUCAACCCACAUAAUACCUUUAAAAUCAGCUUUUGGAGAGUAAUAUAAGUACAAUUGACAUCUCGCUAUCAAGGCGCUUGCAAA